GGAAGAGGCAGUGAGUUGCAGAUAGUCAGUGUAACUCUUAUGAGAUGGAAGCUAACAACGUAAUCGCACCAUUCAUUAUGAAGACUUAUCAGAUGGUCAACGAUCCGACGACCGACGGUUUCAUCAUAUGGGGCAAAGCCAACAACAGCUUCAUCGUAAUCGACCCAAUAGAUUUCUCACAAACAAUCCUCCCUGCAUACUUCAAGCACAACAAUUUCUCAAGCUUUGUCCGUCAGCUCAACACAUAUGGAUUCAGAAAGGUUGAUCCGGACGGGUGGGAGUUUGCGAACCAGUGGUUUCUUCGUGGACAAAAGCAUUUGUUGAAGAACAUCACAAGGAGGAAGCACAGUAGGGUUCACAAGCAUGGAGAGGAUGAUGAGGAGGAGGAGAAGAUAUUGAUGACGGAGAUUGAGAGGUUAAAGAGAGAACAGGAGGGUUUAGAGCAAGAGCUUGAAGGCAUGAACAAGAGGUUAGAGGCAACGGAGAGGCGCCCACAUCAAAUGAUGUCGUUUUUGUGUAAAGUUGUGGAUGAUCCGGACAUUUUACCACGUAUGAUCCUUGAAAAAGAGAGCACCAAUGGGUUGACUGAGAAAAAGAGACGUCUUAUGGUAUCACCAUCACCGUCAUCAUCAGCAAUGGCAGUAACAAAUUCAGUCAAGAGAGAAGAUGAAGUGCAUGGUGCAAACCUAGGGGUAAUUUCGUCAAUAUCUUCACCAGACGCUAAUUUCGGCAUCGACACGUUUUGCUCUACGGCGUGUUUGAGCCAAAGGGAAGUUAUGGGUCGGCCACUAAUCACUCAAGAAGGUUAUAACUACGCGGCCGCCAUUCCUAGCCGGGCUUUGCCGGCUUCUGCUGCUGCCACAGUGGGUGGUUUUAUGGUGGCGUCACCGGUGAAUAAUGUUUCACGGUGUGAUAAUAGUGGUGGAGAUAUGGGUUAUAACUUGGCAGCAAUGGCUAGUGGGGUGGAGGAGAGGCCACCGCCUUAUCCAUUCUCACUGUUUGAAGGUGGCUUUUAGGUGCUUCACAAGAUUUAUCAUGGAUUCUAUGUUUUGUGUAAUUUAUUUGAAUUUCUUUCUUUUAUAGUUUUUGCAUUAGUCUCUGCCCAUAAAUUGUUGUU